GCGUGCUCAGGUCUCUUCCUGCUAUUUCCCGGACGUGCAGAGGGGCACGAACUCGGACUUUGCAAAACAAAACAAAAGAAUCCCAAACAAAACAAGACCGAGUUGUAAUCAGCUUCAGUGACCGGAAGUUGAUCUAGCGCACUGUUUUUCACAGUUAGCGCAUAACUGAUUUUCCUUUUUUUUCCUUUUCACUAUAAUAAUAGUCGCAUGGAGAUAAUGCGUUUCCCUGCUCCGCCAUUCUGUAACAUCUGUUUACACAUUAAUGUCCUCUAAUUAACUGCUUUAUUAAUUUAGUGGUUUGUGUCGUGUGCCGGUGCUGCAGUCAUGAUUUUAGAGACUUUAUCACGAGCGAACUUCGCUUUGCGCUCGAGAGUCCCGGUGAGACGAGUACAUCAUUCGUCUGAUCUUCCUCCUCCUCAGCCGGUUCCUCUGUUAGCUCAUACGCUGCAGCGCUACCUGCUGGCCCUGGAGCCGCUCUUACCCCUGGACGAGCUGCAGCACACGCGUAAGACGGUGCAGCGAUUCGGCAGUGCGGGGGGACUCGGAGAGAGACUGCAGAGAGGACUGGAGAAACGUGCCAAACACACACACAACUGGAUAACAGAUUGGUGGGUUCAAUGGGCAUAUCUGGAGAGUCGUCAGCCCCUGGCUGUUCACUCCAACCCGGCCAUCUCACUGCCCCGACGCGACUUCAGUGACUGGAGAGGACAGCUACUGUUUGCAGCGAAGCUCAUCUCCGCAGUGCUCGACUUCAAGAAUAAAGUGGACAGUGGGAGGUUACCUGUAGAGUAUAUGCGUGGCAGGCCGUUGUGUAUGGAGCUGUUUCCUCUACUCUUCUCGUCGUGUCGUGUUCCCGGCCCGAAGCACGAUAACAUGAUUCACUAUGGCCGCCCACGCCGUGGCCCCGCCCACAUCACCGUGGUGCGAAACUACCAGUUUUUCCAGCUGGACGUGUACAAUAGUGAUGGCACCCCCCUCACUCAGAGUCAGAUUCACUCUCAGCUGUGCCGGAUCCGAGCUCAGUCCUGGAAAACCGAUAAAGAGCCGAUGGGCAUCCUGACCAGUGACCACAGACACACGUGGGGCCAGGCUUACACACGCCUACUGCAGGAUAAGAUCAAUAAGGAGUCGGUGAGGCUCAUAGAGAAAGGUCUGUUCACACUGUGUCUCGACUCGCCUGUCAUGACCAUCUGCGAUGAGAAGUACUCGAGCAGAAUGGCGGCUCAGAUCCUUCAUGGAGGCGGGACUUACUCAAACAGUGGGAACCGCUGGUUCGAUAAGACGUUACAGUUUGUGGUGAGUGAGGAUGGGUCAUGGGGUCUCCUCUAUGAACAGGCCACAGCUGAAGGGCUUCCAAUCGCCACCCUGCUGGACCACAUCCUGCAGUAUUGUAAGAAGCCCGAGACAGUCCGAGCUCCUCUCGUUCCUCUGCCCAUGCCGAAGAAGCUUUACUUCUACAUCGACCGCGCCAUCAAGUGGGACCUCGAGAUGGCCAAGCAGAACCUCAACAUCCUCAUCAACGAUCUGGACAUCAGCUGCUUUAACUUCCAGCACUUCGGGAAGGAAUUUCCCAAACAGCUGGGUUUAAGCCCCAACUCCUUCAUCCAGAUGGCCAUCCAGCUCGCAUACUACAGAGUGCAUGGGGAAGUGUGUCCCGCCUGCGAUAUUGCAUCACUCCGAAUGUUCCGGGGAGGACGCACAGACUACAUCCGCUCCCCGACCAAUCAGACGCUGAGAUUUGUCCAGGCCUUUGAUGACCCCGCCCUCUCUGGGGAAGUGAAGGUCGAGCUGUUGCGGGAAGCUGUGGAGGCUUACAGUCAGCUGACAGAUCAGGCACUGAAAGGCCAGGCUAUCGAUCGCCACCUGCUGGGUCUGAAGCUGCAGGCCAUCGAGGAGGGACUGAGUGUGCCCAGAAUGUUCAUGGACACAGCUUAUGGACUCGCCACGCACUGGAAACUCCGCACCGGACAGGUUCCGACGAACACGGACAGCGUGAUGAGUUUCGGGCCCCUGGUUCCGGACGGUUAUGCCGUGUGUUACAACCCCCAGCCGGAUCAUGUUCACUUCUCCAUCACCGCCUUCAACUGCUGCGAUGAGACCAACGCUGAGAAACUAGCCGUGAUGAUUGAGAGUGCCCUCCAUGACCUGCACAAGUUACUCCAGCCGACUGCGUAGACACUCGAGCUUUAACCCCUUCUCCGUAUGCUCAAUCUACAUAAACACACCAGUAAGCCUGAGAAAGGAACAUUGGUUUAUUUUGUUUGAGGUCAGGUUCAGGUUCAGGUACGGGGUGUGACCUACAGUUUAAAUGCAUUAAAAUUUGGAUGCUAAUAAUGCACUCCAAAUAUGAAUUAUUAUUUUUAUACUAAACCGCUUAUGUUUAAAGUAUUACGACGAAUGGCAUCUUUUGAGGUUGAUGUGUGACUAGCCUCAACGCUUGACUAGCUACAUUAUCCUUGUUACUCCUGUAAUAAACGAAAGGAGCCAGCCUCAGACACUAAACACGCCUUGGUGUGUGACUGUAUUUGGUGUAUUUGAGCAGAAUAUUCCUUUAAGACAGUGAUCAUGUCUCAUUUGCACUCCAUUGCCAUCCAUGUUAACGUGAAUAAUGUUUCAUAUGUUGAUUUCAAGUUGAACUUCUCAACUGGAACUUUAAAAGCAAAGCAUAAGUAAAACCAGCUUUUUUUUCCCCCCUUUCUUUCGAAAUCCAUUGUAAAACAGUUUUAAAAGCCGUUUGUGUAGCUCAUUUCAAGUUUCCUACUCAACAAAACGAUGACUUUGCUGUGUUGUGUUUAAACGCAUUGUUUAGAAAGGAGCAGUCUAAGCUCUGUUGAUUGGGUUUGAUUGGGUCGGGUGUGAAACGUGGCUUCGAUCAUCCUGAACAGCAUGCUUUAUCUGAAAUGGUGCUACCUAAAUGCUUUAAUCCACUCUUUACUGCACAGGUGGCACGUUUGACUGCAUUAUGGUGGUUGCAGUGCAUUAUGGGAUCUAUAUUUAUGUCUGAGAAAUGCAUGUUUGAUUCCACUGUUAUAUGCAUAAGAAAUCUGCUUUCAUCUGAAAGUCUCUGCUUGUAUUUGGACUUGUGCUUCCGCAAGUAUUUGUACUUCUAUAAGGGCGUUGUGUAUACUCAGUUUUGGGGAAAAAAAUAAAUAAAUAAACAAACAAA